AUGGGGGUUCAAGAAAUCUUGGUGGUCAUUUUUGUUACUUUGUUUUGCUUCCAAACCCCAGUUUUGAGCUUUUGGAACCUGACGUGCAAUCCAAAUGACUUUCAAGCAUUGCAGGAUUUCAUGGCAGGUUUGUCAACAAAAGUAGGUGGAUGGGGAAAUGAUUUCUCUUCCGAUUGCUGUAAAUGGCCAGGUAUCACUUGCAACUCUUCAUCUUCUCUUGGAUUGAAUGAUUCUAUUGAUACCUAUAGAGUGGUUAAGUUGGAGCUUCCAAGUAAAAGAAUAUAUGGCAAACUCUCUGAAUCAUUAGGCAAUUUGGAACAGCUAAGGACACUUAACCUAUCCCACAAUUUCUUCAAAGCCUCACUUCCUAUUUCAGUGUUCCAUUUGCCAAAUUUAGAACUGUUGGACCUGAGCUUUAAUGACAUUUCUGGUCCCAUUCCAGUUGCUAUCGAUUUACCUUCAAUCCAGUCCAUUGACAUUUCUGAAAACAUCUUGAACGGUACUCUUCUAGCAAGUAUCUGUGUCAAUUCUGAUCACCUACGCAUACUGAACUUAGGUGUGAACUACUUGUCUGGCAGCCUCCCACCAGGUCUUGGGAGUUGUAAGUCCUUGCAAGACCUACGUCUUGACAUGAAUGAUCUCAUUGGUGGGAUAUCUGAAGGUUUAGUUAGGCUGCAGACGCUAACUCAAUUAAGAAUUCAAGGUAACAAGCUUUCUGGGCCUUUAAGCAAAGUAGUUGGUAACCUCAGUAACCUCAUUUAUUUGGAUAUCUCCAGUAAUUGGUUUUCAGGAACUAUCCCAGAUGUUUUUGACAGCCUUGGAAGGUUACAGUUUUUUAUUGCUCAUUCAAAUAAUUUUAGUGGUCAGAUACCACCUUCACUGUCCAAUUCCCCAGUUAUUUCUUUGCUUAAUGUGAGAAACAAUUCACUGGAGGGUACCAUUCAUCUGAACUGUUCAGCAAUGACUAGUUUGAUCUCUCUCGAUCUAGGUUCUAAUCGGUUUGAUGGGCCUAUUCCUUCCAACCUUCCCUCUUGUAGGCAUUUGAAUAAUGUAAACUUUGCCCGGAACAAUUUGAGUGGCCAAAUUCCAGAAAGUUUCCAGAAUUUUCAUACUCUCUCUUACCUCUCGGUUUCAAACUCCAGCAUUUCUAAUCUUUCAGCUACCCUUCACAUAUUACAGCAGUGUCAAAACUUAACUGCUCUGGUUAUGACAAUGAAUUUCCUUGAUGAAGAAUUUCCAGCUGAUCCUACCCUUCAUUUUGAAAAGUUGAAGGUUCUUGUUCUUGCAAAUUGUAGGCUCAGGGGUUCAAUACCCCAAUGGUUGAGUAGUAGUAGCAAUCUGCAGUUGCUGGAUAUUUCUUGGAACAACUUAGAAGGAACAAUCCCAGUCUGGUUUGGUGAUUUUAAUCAUCUCUUCUACUUGGACAUAUCAAACAAUUCUCUCGCUGGGGACAUUCCUAGAAGCAUAACUGCACUAGAGAGCCUCAUUGAUGGGAAAAUCUCAGUAGAAGAACCAUACCCUGACUUUCCCCUUUUCAUGAAAAGGAAGGCAAGUGCAAGAGGAUUAGCAUUACAGUAUAAUCAAGUUUAUAGCUUCCCACCAACAUUGGAAUUUGGCAACAAUAAUCUUAGCGGACCAAUCUGGGCAGAGUUUGGGAACCUGAAAUCACUUCAUGUUUUGGACCUUGGAUUCAAUAGUCUAUCGGGACCAAUUCCAAGUACUCUAUCUAACAUGACAAGCUUAGAGACGCUGGAUCUGUCUCAUAACAAGCUCUCCGGGACAAUACCACCUUCAUUGGUUCAGCUCAGCUUUUUGUCGAAGUUUAGUGUUGCAGACAACCAGUUAGAGGGUGCAAUCCCUACAGGAGGUCAGUUCAUGACCUUCCCGAAUUCAAGCUUUCAAGGGAACAAUCUCUGUGGCUUCCAUGCUCUCUCUUGUCCAUUAGACAACAAUCCAGAAGAAGUGGAUAGUGGACCUACUGGAAAAUCAUCAAGAGUAGAAUUAGAACUUGAUGGGGUUUAUGUAGGAAUAGCUGUAGGAUUUGUAUUUGGAAUCAUCUGUUUCAUUGGAACAGAUAAAUAUGUAUGGAAUUGGAAGUUCUAG